CGCAAGUGUUUACAGUAAACGUUCGCUUGUGCGCCUUUGUCAGCCUGAUAUAUAUACAUAUAUACUAGGGGAUGUCGCUCAAUGUACACUCGAGGUUUUGUGCAACCGAUCAAUAAAUGGUAAAACUCGUAUAAUUUCAGACUGACAGUUCAUAUCGAAAUCGUGAAUAAAACGGAAUGGGUUGUUGAUUAACCGUUUUUUUUUACGUAAAUCAUUAAUUAUUGAAAUUUUUGAUCUGUUUUUAUCCCACUUUAAUGUAAGUGAAAUAAAGUAUUUUUAAACAUUAUAUUAAAAAUGAGUUUAUUGGAAAACUGUUGGAAAGAUGCGACUGAGGGCUUCAAUACAGAUGUAUGUGAUACCUGGUUAGCUCGUUUACAGGAAGUAUAUUCUGAUGAAAAAAGAACGUAUCACAAUUUGGAUUCUCUUAUAGAAAAGUUAGGUCAUUAUUUAGAAAUAAAAGAUCAAUUAAAAAAUUCCAAAGCUUUGCUUUUAGCUUUAUUUUUUCAAAACUUCGAAUACGAUCCAAAAGCUCUUGAUGGUGAAAAUCGGAAUACAGACCAUUUUAUUGCAUUUGCUGAUGAAGCUGAAAUACCUCAAGAUGAUGAAAUACGAGAUGAAACUUGUGCACUCCUGAAAGCAAUAGCGAUUCACAGUACUGAAGAACAUAAAAUCGAUGGUGCCUUUGGUAGCGAAGAUGCUCACUAUUUAUUAGAUUUAGAUAUGGCUGUUUUAGGAUCAAAUCCUGAAAUUUACUCAGAAUAUAGAGACAAAAUUCGAGGAGAAUAUUCGUUUCUCAGCGAACCAAUGUAUACAGCAUUAAGACUGAAGGUGCUGCAAAAUUUUUUACAAAUACCAAAUAUUUUUGCCACGAAAGAAUUUCGAGAAAAAUUUGAAGACCAAGCAAGGCAAAAUAUUCAAUCCGAAGUAGAAUUUUUGUCUUGAAAUUAAUAAAUUAUUAUAAAAAGUACCGCAUUUAUAAAAGUAAAUAUAUGCAAUUUGCGAUUUGAUUUUACUAUAUACAAAGUUUACUUACAUUUUCAAACGUAUUUUCUAUAUUUUAUAAAUGUUCAAAAAGUAUUCGUUCGUUUUGUCUAUUUUCAAUCAUUUUUUUUGUGGAUUUUUUUUUUUUUAUCUUUUUAAAUAAGCACUUUAGAGGCUGGAUAAUUGAUUUAAUUAUCGUGAUUCCUGAAAAAGUUGUGGAAGUUAACAUAAUGGAGAUUUUGAACAAUUUAAAAACAUGAUAUUUUUUAAGCUCGACUCAAAAUUAAUGAAGUACUUUAAACUUUCAAAUUUGACAUAAGGACAUGGAGGUUGAAAUUAUCAUUUAAGAUUAUGAUAAUCGGUACUUCAAAAUGAUAAUUUGAAUCUAAAUUUGGUAACUUUAUCCGCUUUUACCAAAUUUCGGUUGAAAUCGUCAUUUUUAAAUGAUAAAAUGUGCCCUCAGAAUCUACAUCGUUAGGGUAAGAUUCUUUUCGGAUGUGUAUAAUAGGUAAAAGGAAAGAAGGGAAAAGAGGACAUUAAUCGAAAAUGACUGCCAUCUCGACAUCAAUUUGAAACAAAAAAAUUCUACAAAUAAUUUUUCAGUAGUAAAUAUCGUAUUGUAUGAUUAAAUCCGAUGACAUCGAAUUUAUUAUUAAUAAUGAUUAAAGGUAUGCGAUUAGUAUUCGAAUUGAAAAUUACUUAUCAAUAUGAAAUUCGAAUUGAAUAAUGAGAAUCUUUAACUCAUUCGAAUAUUAUUAAUGUUCAAUCGCCUCGGAGUACUGGAAAUUUAAAACCACCGACAGGUUCGAAAAAUACUGCAGAUAAUUAAUCUACUGGCGCCGGGAAACGAUACUAACAUUUAACAAAUAUGAAGCAUGAACGCUGCCACAUUGCUUCUCGACCGCUCACGUUCAGUAAAUGUUUUCAUCUAUUUAAAAAGCUCUUAUUAUUGUAACGAUAAUCUUCUGUAAAGGAAUUGAGCUCAUUCGAAUUUACAAAUUAAAAGUAUGGUAGGCAUUCGAGGGUUAAAAUAUCCUUCUAAACUGAUGAUUAUUUUUCCUUCAUAGGCGGAUUUACUUCUUCAUACGCGAUUUCAGAACACUAAGGAGUUGAGUAAUAUAUUGCAUUUAGUGGCAAGUCCAAAAUCAAAAGAACUGAGUCCUUUGGGGCUCAGAAAACUUUAUUAAUUUUGACUCGAGAAGUUUUUUAAGUUAAAAGCACUAUUGAAUAACUAUUUCUAUGUGUAUUUUUGAUUUGUGAAAGAUAAUAAUUUAUAUGAAAACAAAAAAAUAUAUUGUUAUCGAAAACUAUUUAGUCUCAAAUAUUUGCAGGCAAAUAAAUGAGAAAUGUUUCCUUUGUAUUCGUUUUUCAAGUUAUAAAAUUUAUGCAACAAUAUAACUAUACAUUUAGUAAUAAUAAAAAUUG